AUGGCCAAGGGCAAGGGAAAUCGCGGAGAUCACUCCACUGGAGCGAAUGCAAUUGCAGUGCGCGGAGCAAAAGAUUCCAAGCCUGCUGAGGAUGUCCUUCCCCAACUGGAGGAGGGGGCAUUCGCCGGUCUGCGCCAGAAAAUUGAACAGAGGCUGAAAGAUCAGAACACUGCCAAACAAAAGAAGUCUAAGCACCAAGCAGCACAGAAUACGAACAAAGAUACGCCGAAGAAAGAGAAGAAUGCUGGUCCGAAAUUCGAGCCGAAGCGGGAUUCAAGGAGCGACAAGAACAGCACAGGCAAGAAGCGCGAUCGCAACGGCGAAGUGAUCGCAAGGGAAGAGAAGGAGGAGAGUGGGAACCUUGAUGACACUCUACGGCAAGAAAUCCUGGCCCUUGGUGGUACUGAGGAAGAUUUUGAUCUAGUGGCGGGUGUCGAUUCCGAGUCUGAGGUGGAAGAUGCAGCGGAUGGGCAGAAGAAGCCAAAGAGCAAAUCGGAAGAGGAUUCGCUUCGAAAGGAACUUUCUGCCAUGUUAGCUGCUGCUGGCCAAGUCGUGCCGGACGACAUUGAGGAUGAAGAUGAGCUAGAGGAAGCAUCUGCCUCGGAAGAGGAGGAUGAAGAAGAGGAGGGAGAGGGCUCAGAUCAGGAGGAGUCCGAAGUCGAAGAUGCUCCUCCAGUACCAUCAGGCAAUGAUUCUUCUAAGAAGGAAAAGGCUAAGGAGCCAGCUCCCGAGAACAUAUUUCCCAAAGAAUUUUCGAAACUUACCAUCCUGCCCAGGUCCGAUUGGUAUGCAACCAAUCUUCCUUCGCUCCCAUCUGCCACGAAGCAAUCAAAUACCCUGCCGCGCUAUCUGAUCGACCGCGUCCACAGCUAUGCCACCUCUUUACUUGAGAAGGAGAGUACUAUGUAUACGGAAGCACAGCAGGCCUCGGCUUCUUCUUCUCACAAAUUCUACACCACAAUCAUGUCGACAGGUACCCUUAGCGAUAAGAUCUCGGCCCUGACACUCGCCGUCCAAGAGUCGCCGUUGCACAAUACGAAACAACUCGAGAAUCUCAUUGGACUCGGAAAGAAACGCAGUCGUUCCCAGGCAGUGGAAGUCCUGAGAUCGCUCAAGGACAUGUUCGCUCAAGGCACAUUGCUUCCCAGCGAUCGGAGGUUGAAGGCUUUUGCCAAUCAGCCAUCCCUUACGGCGGUGUUCCAAGGCGCCGGAGCUCGUUGGUCGGAGCGCGAUCCUCUCCCUGGAGGCCUGCAGAAGAGUCAUCUCAUCAUGUGGGCAUACGAGGAUUUCUUGAAGAACCAGUACUUCGAGGUUCUGAAGAUCUUGGAAAUCUGGUGCAACGAUGAGAUUGAGUUCUCACGGUCGAGAGCUGUUAGUUAUGUCUAUGAGUUGCUCAGGCAAAGACCGGAGCAAGAGGCGAAUCUGCUACGGCUGUUAGUCAACAAACUUGGUGAUAAGUCUAAGAAGAUUGGCUCCAGAGCCUCUUAUCUGCUUCUGCAACUCGAGCAAGCUCAUCCUAUGAUGAAACCGACGAUCAUCAAGGCGGUUGAAGAAGUGCUCUUCAGGCCCGGCCAAAGCCAGCAUGCCAAAUACUAUGCUAUCAUCACGUUGAAUCAGACUGUUCUCAGCCUGAAAGAGGAGAGCGUCGCUGCCCAAUUGCUGGAAAUCUACUUUGCGAUGUUUGUCGCUCUGUUGAAGCCUGGCAACAAGGAGAACAAGAAUGAAGGCAAGUUUGGCAAGGGUAAGAAGGGCAAAGGAAAGGAUGAUUCAGCCAAGGGUCAGGCACAGGAAGACGAGAUGCGGGAUAAGCUUGUCUCCGGAGUCUUGACCGGUGUGAACCGAGCUUACCCUUUCACCAGCUCAGACUCUGAUAGACUCUCGAAACAUCUUGACACUCUUUUCCGAAUCACUCACUCUUCCAAUUUCAAUACCAGUAUCCAAGCCCUUAUGUUGAUCCAACAACUUACGGCAUCUCACCAGGUGGCCGGUGAUCGGUUUUACCGGACCCUUUACGAAUCACUGCUUGAUCCCCGGGUUGCCACUUCGUCUAAGCAGUCACUGUACCUCAAUCUCUUGUUCAAGGCCCUGAAGAAUGACCUGAACCUCCGACGGGUGAAGGCUUUCGUCAAGCGCAUUGUUCAGAUCCUUGGGUUGCACCAACCUGCUUUCAUCUGCGGCAUCUUCUACCUCAUUCGCGAGCUGGAGAAGACGUUUACUGGAAUUCAGGCCAUGUUUGACCAAGCCGAGGAUAAUGACAGUGAUGAUGAAGAAGUCUUCAGGGAUGUCCCUGAUGAGGAUGAUGAAGCUGCUCAACCUGCAGUUUCCGAAGAGAAGCCAGCAAAGCCUUCGAGCCGCUACGAUCCCCGCAAAAGAGAUCCGGAGCACAGCAACGCAGACAAGACUUGCCUGUGGGAAUUGUUACCCUAUCUUUCUCAUUUCCAUCCGUCUGUGUCGGUCAAUGCGGCCCAUCUGCUGGAUCACCAGGCGAUGAGCGGCAAGCCGGAUCUCACAAUUCACACUCUGACGCACUUCCUUGACCGCUUCAUCUACCGGUCACCGAAGGCAUCGGCGGCCAUCCGUGGCGGUUCCAUCAUGCAACCGCUCGCGGGCAGCGACGCCAAGGACCGGCUUGUGCUGGCCGGCCAGGGCAGCCAAAACCUCCCGCUCAAUUCGGAGUCAUUCUGGAAGAAGAAGACCGAGGAUGUGGCAGCGGAAGAUGCCUUCUUCCACGAAUACUUCAGCCGAAUUGGUAAAGACAAGGACAAGCUGCGUAAGAAGAGGUCCAAGGAUCCCUCGGCCCGAGACGGCGAGGACGGAGACGAACUCAGUGAUGCUGAGUCAGAGAUCUGGCAAGCUCUUGUCAAAUCGCGGCCUGAUGUGGAGGACGCUGGCGACAGUGAUGACGAUCUUGAUCUGGAUGAUCUCGAAUCUGCCUAUGAUCAGGACGAGGACGAGGAUGAGGAAGCCGGAGAAAGCGACGAUGAAGUGAUCUUUAACGACGAAUCCGACGAAGAGAUGGAAGAUCUCGACGUGGAGGAGCCGCCCAAGAAGACCAAGGGCAAGGGCAAGAAGCAGGAGGAAGAGGAGGCCCUGGACGAGGAGGACGACUUCGAUAUGGAUGUAUCAGACGACGAGGCGUUCAUCGGAAGCGAUGAGGAGCUCCCGUCGGACAUCGAGCUCGGCGGAGGCGUGGAGCUUCCCAAGGACGAGGAGCCCGCUGGCCGGAAGAAGAGACGCAAGCUCAAGCACCUGCCGACGUUCGCCUCGGCGGACGACUAUGCGGCUCUGCUGGCCGACGAGGACGAGGGCAUGUGA